AUGGAGCAACAGGGACUCCGGGCUCGCUUGGUGCGCCGUACGAGGCGGUUCGUCGUCCAUCUACUAACGACAACUUCCUCCCACGGUGUGCGAUACCUGGUGCUUAGUGGUCUGCAUAUUCUCGAGCGACUGGUCUGGCUUAGCUGCAUUACGAUCGGUGUGUAUGGCAUGGUGGCGCUGUCUCAGCGCAUCUGGAACCGCUUCCAGACGUCACCGACCGUCAUCUCCAUGGACCGGAACAUGUACCUAUGGAACACCAGCUUCCCAAGUUUGACGAUCUGUUCACAUCGGCGUAUCGAUGAGGAGAAGCUGGCCGAGUACAUCAAGCUGCGCGGUUUCGACGAGGACGACGCGGAACAGUUCCGCGAGUUCGUGGUCCUGCUGGCGAACGUGUCCUACCGGACGUUUCUCGAGCUGCCCAUGUACAAGACGUUCGGCAUCGCCGGCUACGACUACAUGGAGCUGCUGUACAACCUGUCCUGGACGUUCAUGCCGCAGGUGAACAGUGGUACCUCUCGCAACCUCUCCGUCCAACCUGUAGUCACGGAGCUGGGCCUCUGCCUCGCGGUGAACUCGCGGAUCGCCGAGUACACCUCGUACGAGUACUGGAAGGCGCGCCGUUGGGACCGGGGGCCCGAGCCUCCCCCGCUGGUGGUUCAUCCGCUCGACGGCGAAGUUUACGGUCAGCUGAUCAAGCUACAGAGCUCCUACGAGGUUUUCUUCCAUGGCUCGAUGGAAGUGGCCGAGAUCUCCAAGCGGCAGUACUCGUUCCAGGAAUCGUACUACACGACGGUCGAGCUGAUGGCACUGGAGAUCCUUACCUCUCGCAAUGCUCGUGAUCUGUCCGUUCGGCAGCGUCAGUGCCGCUUCACGCACGAAGGAGAGCUGCUACUAUUCAGCCCCGUGUACAGCUACAACCUGUGCCGCAUCGAGUGUCGCAUGAAGCUAGCCUUCAAGCUGUGCGGUUGUGUGCCCCACUUCUAUCGCCCCAUCGGGAAAGGAAACUUCCGCUACCGCAUCUGUGACUUUGAGGGAUUACGUUGCCUUGGACGGCGAUCGGAUGAAAUGAUUACGAUACGAACCAAGAAAAAGGUCAUCGACUGUAACUGCCUGCCCAACUGUGACGAUUCCAAUUUCUUCAUCCAAGCACAUCGAUCACGCGAAUGGUUUUUGGGAGCAAAUCUUCAGUGGGGCUUAACAGACUACCCAAAGAUGCAGCUCAACAGAGAUAUCAUUUUCGGCUUGUCUGAUGUGUUUGUAUACAUCGGUGGACUCGGAGGAUUCAUUCUUGGGUGCAGUUUAAUUACUUUCGCAGAGUUUGUCUUUUUUCUCACGUGGCGAUUGUUGAAAUAA